CGGAAGCCUCUUCGCGAAGGGAUUCGUUCCCCAGACUCGCGCCUGCGGCCCCGCCUCGGUUGCCUCGGCGACGAAGGGCCGCAACUCCGGGGCGAGAUCCUGAGGAUGUCCGUGGGGACCACUCCCGGGGGGACGACCCCCGCGGCGACGACCCCGGCGGGAACCACACCCGAGUCGGAGAGAGAUGCUGAAUUCCAGGAACAUGAAAUGAUUCUGUCUCCAGAUUUUCUUUCAGCUGCUCAAAUCACUGAAAUGCUGACAGAGGACAUAGAUGGAGUUCAACAAAAAUUGAAAACGUUUUUGAAUUUCAAAAACCUUCACACCUGUCUAAAGGAAGCCAUUCUACUAGAUUAUUAUGUAUCUGGAUUUUUGUGGGCUAGAGGAAUGGAAUUUUCUGUUCUUCAAUAUUCAAAAUUUAUGACUUUACUAGAUAUGUUACUUCAUAAUCUUAGAACACUGCAUAUGUCUUUGGAAGACAGCAUAAAAUGGCUUGGAGAAGUUAUGGCUGAAACAGGACCAUCACCUUCACAGAAAAAUGAGGAAUGGAAUGUCUUUAAUACAAAACAAGCCAAUGCUGUCAUCGAUUACUUAAAAAUCAGCUUAUUUCAACACUACAAGCUAUAUGAGUUUCUAUUCUACUCUACCAGGGAAGAAAUUGUGAUAGGAACUGAGCAAGUGUUAGAGGUUGUCAAGCCUUCGGGUGGUCUCUUCCCAGAUCCUCUAGAAGAAGGAAUUUCAUUUGAUAUUUAUUCAACAUUCAUAGAGACACCCCCAAAACUGGAUACAGAAAUGAAGGGAUUGGAUCAAGAACAAGGCCCUGAGGAAUCCCAGUCAGAAGCCAACACUUCCGCUGAGGAUCCUUUAGUGGGUUUCACCAUCAAGGAUAUAAAAGCAGUGUUGGAUCAAGUCACAGAUGAUAUUGUAAUUGGCAUUCAGACCAAGAUAAACGAAAAGCUGCAAAUACAGGAAGAGGCCUUUAAUGCACGAAUAGAAAAACUGAAAAAGGCCUGAGGACCCAGUACAAGGAGAGUGAUGCUAAACUUCACAGAAACAAACACAACCAGCCAGAAUAAUAGACCCUCCUGAGCAGCUGAACUCCUUCAUUUUGUUGGGAGAGGAAAACCAAGACCCACAUUUUAUUAUCUGAAGUAAUUAGAAAAGUACUGGCCCCCAUUUUGCUAUCUCCUGUCCCAUAAUAGCCUCCAAAUUUAUGGCACUAAGGGUAAUAAGGACAUUUUGUAUACAAGAGUUUGGAGAAUUAUAUAUAAAAAUACAAUUACUUUUACGGUACUCCUUUGACAUUUUGACUAAUAAAUGCUAUUCAUCUUCAGGGAAAA